AGUUUACUCCGAGCUCUUCCACUAGGAGCCAGGUGAUUCCCGUUUCGCCCUCUUGAGUCUCAUGACUGAGCAUGUUCUUGCAAUUGACAUAUCACGCGCGGUUAUUCGAAUUUUAACAACGUUGUCGAAAACUAUCUCAUCUCAUUGCUCAGUAUGGACCGACUUCACACUUAAUUGAACAAUGUCUCUCAGAACUCCGCAUGAGUUUUGUGUUUUUGCUCAAAGUGUGUGAGAAGGCUUUCCAGCGAAAAAAGCGUUGAUAAAACAAUACUGAAAUCAACAAGGUUUGUGUUAUAGAAGUCCAUUACAAUAUUGUCUCUCUUAAGAGGCUUCAUCCUCCAACAAAUACAUAGAAAUCAAACAUUUUACAUAGUUAACAUCAAACAAUCCACCCUCAUAACCAGUAUAGUCAGUGUUCUAAAGAUUAUCUCUCAGUAUAUUCUGUGGUAAAACUUUGAUCAUCUAUUAGAAAAACUAACUUACUGUAUAGUGUUUAUCAGUGUAAAAUAGUGUAGAUUCUUCUGGCUGUGUAAUAGUAGUAUAUGUUGUAACAGUAUUUGGAUUUGUAAAAUUCAGAACAAAUCAGUAAUCUUUGCUCAUCGUGUAUAAAUUUUGAGUGAUUGUGAAUUGGAUUGUGAAUUGUGCCAGGUGAGAGGAUGCUGCAAGUUUGCUGUUGGGCCACAAGGAUUUCAAACUUCUCUCCAGCAGAAUAAAAGACGUGGCCCCCAAUGUGUGAGGUUGGCGUGUGGUGGUGGGGGGCGGCACUUGUGUUGCUGGGGGCGGGAGCCGCCUCCAGUGACGGACUGCCGCCUUCACGAUGCCGCCUCUCCGAGUUCUUCUGCGACACAGGCCAAUGUGUCGCGGCCGACCGCUUCUGCGACGGAGCCGAUGACUGCGGUGAUAAGUCCGAUGAACCCAGAUACUGCUCGCCUUGUAACAGAACUUACUAUGGUGACAUUGGGAGGACCUACGAGAUUGAAAUCAGGCGUCCAAGAGAGGAUAGACUGCCAUUUCUGUGUUACCUGAAUUUCACCGCUGCAGGCGGCGAACUCGGUGAUCUAAUACAGCUGACAUUUGACACAUUCACAGUGGGUCGAUUUGUGUCGUUCACCCUGGAGGGAUGCCCGGAUGGGCACAUGAGCAUCAGGGAGGGUGGUCGCCCGGCCACAGGGGGGCAAUGGUGUGGCAGCGCCUGGGGGUACACUGUCUACUACUCGGAAGCUCCCUCGCUCAAUCUCACACUGCAGCUCGACCGGUUGUCUGAGCAGGGCAUCGGUUACAAUUUCGACUUCAAACUGUCGUACAAGCUACUGAAAGCGUCUGACGCACAUCUGCGUCUGGGUAACAGCAGCUGGCGCGGCGACUUGAUCGCCGGCAGCUACUGCGACCGAGUGCUCGAUCGCUGCGACCAGCGACCGUGUCGCAUCCAGUCGCCCAACUACCCGGGCGUGUAUCCACGCAACGUCACCUGCUACUACCGCAUCGAACACAGGCAGGUGCCACGCGGCAAGCAUGCGUUGCUCGCCGUCAGGCAACGCAACUCGCACAAGAUACACAUCAAGGACCAGAUCGUCAAGUAUGAUCGCAGCCAGAGGGUGUUGAGGGUUUGGGACCAAUGCAACGUGGUUCAGGAUUACCUGACUGUUUAUGACGGCGUGUCGACGACUGAUGCCGUGUUGGUCCGGCUGUGCGGCGGAGAUGUCGUCCCAGAUAUAGUCAGCAGUGGCUCCAACAUGCUGCUUGAGUUUCACACGUCACCUUACGACAAUCCCUUCCAUCCGGUGCCACUCAGCUAUCUGCCAGGAUUCGAACUCGAAGUGCAGGUGAUCUACGUGGACGCGCGUUCGCAGACGUACGUUCGCGACCCGGCCGCUUGUGAGUUCCUUGUGACGUCAUUCGACUCGGCUUGGGGCACAGUUGAGAACCCCCGUCACUCCUUGCCUCCCAACACCACCUGUCGCUAUCACUUCCAGGGUCGCCGCCACGAGACAGUAUGGCUGUCGUUCAUCAAGUACCACGCCGCCCCAGCUGAUCCGGCCGCCUAUCAGCUGUCAGCUGAAUGCAACGCCAGGCUCAGCAUCUGGGAUGGGAGGCUGUCAGCUAGCUCCCAGAAGAACGUGAGCCUACUGGGUGAAUUUUGCAAGGAUGAAGUGCCGCGCCUGUGUGACCAUACUCUGCUUAGCAAUUCUUCCCGCUUCACUCGGCCCUGCUCGCUGGCGGAGAGCUAUGUCUCUUCUGGAACCGAUCUCACUCUGGAACAGUUCCUACGACAGGGAUCUGUUCUCUUUCCUCUACAUUUUAUGCUCAGAUACGAGUUCGUGGAUACUUCGCUUGAAGGCGUUCACGUGAAGGACUCAGAGAACCCGUGCGACAGAGUGUUCACGUCUUCAGUGGUCUCCCCCAGCGCCGGGCGCUUCCAGUCGCCGAGGAGUGUGUUCUACUAUGGCCGCGGCGGGGCGCACAAUCUCAGUUGUGUGCUGCGGUUCGAACCUGCGCCCAACGAGAGGGUGCGGCUUACGUUCACCAGAGCUAGGUUCGGCGAGCGUCCCUGCGAGACCGUGGAAGACAUGCGCACAGGCCGAUGGCGCUGCGCAGCCGGCCCCUCCAUGAACACCACCGCCGAAAUCUGGGUGUCCGAGUACCCAUGGCCCUCCAUCCCCCUGCCCCGCGACUGCCUCUGCUCCAGGAUCACCGAACCACUGGUGGUGACCGCCCUGACCGGCUCAGCGGUCGAGGUCAACUUCACCGUCACCUUCAUGAACAUCACGCAGGACUUCAACGAUUUCAACUUCGAGGGAGAGUAUGAAUUUGUGACUGGUGCUGGGGAUCUGGACAACGGAGAGGAGUGUAAGAAGUUGAAGGAAAGGAGGAGAGUGAGAGGGUCGAGUGGGGAAGUGGUGCUGAAGAGUCCGCUGAGGAACCGGGUGGACGAGAAUGAUGUGUUGGAGGGUGUGGGUGCGGAGGCCGACUAUGACACCGGCUGUGAGAACCAUCCCUGGCUGAUUGAACCUAUGGACUCGUCGCAUAAUUUCCUAUAUCUCAAGGUAAGAGGCUACGAACUAUCCACCCCAGACAGCUACCACUGCAACACACUGAACCGGGUGCUGGUUUAUAGAGGGUCGGGCACAAGGAACCCAAUGGUUCUCUGUCCACUAGCCGACGGCGCACCUUUCCCGCGCAGCGUCGAAGUGUUUUCCAGCGGCUGGAACGGGUCAGCUGGUCUCUCGCUGCUUACUGCGCAUGCGCGCAGCUUUGUCGUCGAGUUCCUGGACCGGGAGCCGGGUCGCUACGAGGUCAGCUGGAUGGAGGUGUCCAAGAGGCCUUUCUCCAGUUCCACCAGUUCGUAUACGAUGAGCACUGUGCUGCAGCUUGACUGUGUCUACAAAUGUCCAGAGCUGAACGCUUGCAUCAGCGCCCUGCUUUGGUGUGACGGCACAGAGCAUUGUCCCUCAGGCUACGAUGAGUCGGACUCCAACUGCGCCUUCAAGCUGGGUCUGCCUGUACUCUACCUCACCAUCAGUGGAGCUGCCCUCCUCUUCCUCACUCUGCUCAUUGUCUUCACUGCUUGCCUCAAGUGCCGACAGCACAGGCGGAACAAGCGGAAAAAAGCGGCCGCCCUGCGACCCAACAAUGGGUCACACCUGCACCACCACCACAACCACAACAACCACCACCACACGCACACACACACGCUGACGCAUGCGCACAACGGUGACACAAUGACAAAGCGCUACCCGACGUCAGCCGAAGACCUCUUCCUGGACGGCAAGGACAGCCUGUGUUGACGAAGCGUGCUGGCCUUGGAGACGACAGUCUGACCCCUCAAAGGGGGCCCCGGCCCCUCCCCACGGGCACCCCGUAAAGGGGGGGCCCCCUCGGGCGGUGAGUCGCCUCCCACGCGCACCUAUUUCGCGCAGUACUAUCCGAGGGGCAGUUUUGAGUGGAACGCCACUUCCUCCUCCACCAACUCCACGUCGCUCUCCCAGGGCGCCAAUUCUAAUGGAAAUGGCAAUGGCGCAGGCGCUACUGUCUUCUAGGCAUCUACUUUUGGGACAUGCCUUGUAUGGAAACCAAAACUGGAAAUGUCAGACUAGGCACUACUCACGGGACUCUUACUGCUAGGCAUUACUUCUUGGACAUGCCUUGUACAGAAACCCAAAUCACUAGGCACUACUUCUGGGACAUGCCUUGUACAGAAGCCUCAACUGGCCAAAGAAACUUCAUUCUGGGACAUGCCUCGUACAGAGCCUCAACUGGCCAAGGAAGAACCACUUCAGGCUGGGCACUACUUCUAGGACCUUGUACAGGAACCUCAACAAUCUGGACUAUGAAUCUUCAUCAUAGGCAGUACUACUUGGACAUCACUUGUACAGAAUUACCAGGGACAACUUUAUCCCAGCCACUACUUCUUAGACGUUUCUCAUACAGAAACAUCAACUACUCUCCUGGCUCAACUACUUCUGGGACGCACCUUGUGCAGAAUCUCUAACAGGACUAUAGUAUUCAAGGCACUACUUCUGGAACGUGUCUCGUGUUGUUGGACUUGUGGUGCAAGUGAAUGUUACCGGAUUGCAAAGGUUCAUAUGGAAUUCCAUCUUAUUAUUUUUCUUUAGUUGGUUGAUUUUCAAUCAUCAUGUAGAUCAUUGGGACUAACAUUUGUUUCACCUGAAAUAUCUAUGUAACAUUAUUAUUUUGUUUAAAAUAAUUUCUUUCACCCUAAAUAUGUAUGUAAAAUUAUUAUUUCGUUAAAAAUCGUUCAUCAAAUUUGUUACCUACAUUGUAGAUUAUCUGGUAUCAUAAACAAUUAUUUCAUAUUUUCAUUUCAGUUUGUUGAAAGUAGUUUUAAUUCAUUUAAUGUGUUUCACUAAUUCUAUUUUAUUCCAUUCCUAUUCUAUUGGUUCAAAGGUGGAGGUUUGAUAAUUUCUUGGUUAUUACAACUUUUUAAUGUUGAUCUCUCCAUCCCAUGCAAGUUUUGUUUUGCUAAACAAGUCACUUCUAACUUCCAAAAAAGAGUAUUUGUGUUGAAGGAUUUCCAAAAAAACUAUUAGAUUUCCCAUUGCCAUCUCCCAUCUCCCUUUAUCGCAAUAGAGGAAAAGUUUUUCAGAAACCAAUUAUCAUUAUUGAUCACAGAAAAAUAAAUUACCCAACACUCCUUGGCAAGUUCUGCGGGAAACCUAUCAAAAUUCGAGCUCAAACUUUUCUAUAACUUUUUACCGAGCCAAUUAGACCAUUCUUAAAUCAAAAAUGAUUCACUCUACACAACCAGGUUUUUUGUUACAAGAAUAUUAUUUUUCAAUUUAGAGAUGGUAUUCCAUGAACCUGAAUGAACGUCGAUUGCUGCAGAAAUGAUAUUUUUUGAACUACAAAAACUGUUUUGAUGGUCAGAGUGUUAUUAAUGUUAACGGAUCUUGAAAAUAGUGUUAUAUUAUUUGAGUUCUUCACGAAUUGGGGAGAUAAAUUCUACAUUAUUCUUUUUGAGCAAUUUUCCUACCAAAGUUUCAAGAGAAUUUAAUUGCUAGUAGUCUCAACCUAUCUCCAUCAUCAUUGUAUAAAUUUCAGAGCUUUCUUCUCAUCAAAAAUAUUGUAAAUAGCUACUCAUAAUCUAUCACAAUUAUUUUUUUUUCUCGUAAACUGAAUUUUACAGACGACCUGCAUCUUCCUAAUGACGUGAAAAACUGAUGUGUAAAUAUGAAAAUAAAUUGAAGCUCAAUAUGAAGAAACAAACCAUCAAGAGGACUAGAUACUGUUUAUAAAAUGAAAUUUUAAGUAACGACAAUGUAAGUAAAUAGAUAUAUAACUACUUGUGUCAAUAAUAUUACGAUUCUUACUGACUGUGAGGACUUUAUCAAUAGCAUAAGCGAUAGACUGAUUACCGUAAUCAGAACUUGGCUAUCAUGUGUGAUGUAUGUGUAUGGUAGUCGUUUGAAAUUCUCAAUAUAUUUAUAUGAAAUUC